AUGGACGAUUCCGGUAAAAGGACCGGUCGACGAUCUCGUGUCGCAUGCAAACCAUGUAAUCAACGCAAGAUUCGCUGUGAUGUGACGCAGAUCGGUCCACCAUGCACAAACUGCCAGCAUGAGACGGCUGUAUGUGAGAUUCUUCCGCGCAAAAAGCAUCGGGUAGCAAUCGCCGGAACGGAAGAGACACAAACAAUUGCCCAUUCAGGCGAUAAGACAACGGAUGCGACCACGGACACGGACGGCGUUCUACCUGAUGAUAGUGCCUGCUCUUAUAUUGGUGAUACGCGUGGUCCAAGGCAGUCUGUAUAUGAGUUGUGUCAUCCAGGGGUGCCACAAGAGGCCCAUCAAUCACCCGCCAGCAUUGAACCAGGCAAGAUCUCAGGGACAGGCACGAAUCUUCGACCACAUGAGAUAGAGUAUAUUCGACAUGAAGGAGGAUUUGCGACCAUACCAACGGAUGUCUGUGAUGAACUCAUAAGAUGCUAUUUUCAUCAUGUACAUUUCUUCCAGCCCGUGGUGGAAGCACCAUCAUUCCUCAAUGAGUAUGUACAGAAUGGAACAAAUAACAUCAGCCCUGUUUUGUUCUGGAGUAUGCUUCUUGCAGCGACCAAUUAUGCUGAUAUCGAAGUUUUGCAACGGGCGGGAUUUGAAUCUCGGAAAGCUAUGAAGAGGGCAAUGUACAGAAGAGCCAAGGCUUUCUACGACGUUGACCGCCGCACAGAUAAACUUGUCCUCAUUCGAUCAGUUCUUCUAAUGAGCUUCUGGUAUACAGAUGCCCAGGAUCAUACGGGGGCGUCACACUGGAUUGGAAUCGCCAUCACCCUGGCCCAAGGAAUCGGUAUACAUCGCUGUAGCACCUCUCAAACAAGAAAUAACCACCCAUCAUCGUCUGAGCACCAACGCCUUACUCGUCGUCUUUGGUGGACGUGUCUACUCCGAGAUCGAUGGAUAUCCUUGGCCAAAGGCCGACCUAUGCGAAUUCAUGAUGAAGAUUGUGACGCACUUUUCCCUUGCCCAGAUGAUGUAUUGCACGAAUUGCAGCUUGUUUCUGCGGAGGCCCGGCAGAGAUUCAUUCCUCCAGAUCUAGACUGCCUUGCUGAAAUGUGGGUAAGGCUCGUUAGGACGAGCUUUGUGCUUGGCCGCAUUUUACGGGCUCAUUACAGACUUAAAGCUCCUAAGGCAAGUGUUGAAGAGAUUGAUGGGUUGGCUGCAGAACUGCUAGGAUGCCACCAAAGUGAGCCAACGGUGAUGUACGCCGCAAGUGAUACUGUUCGUAAUCACGAAUAUCACCUCCAGGUCUUUUACCAGUUUGUUCAUUCCUGCCCUGUGUUUGUUUCUUAUCUAACAUAUGCCAGAGCGAGUGUGACUGUACUCUAUCGGCCGUAUAUUUUGAAUUCACCUUCAUCGUUUCCGGAAAACUCGUCAGCCACCUGGCAGAAAAUAGCGCAGAAUCGGGCACGAGAGGCUGCCUCAAUUACAAACCAGACCCUUGAAAAGAUGAUUGAGCUAGAUCUCGUCAAGUCUAUCAAGCCCAUGUUCAUCACAUCCUUGAUUCCUGCCAUGCAAAUCCAUCUAUUCGACUGCAAAUCCAGCAGCUUACUUCAAGCCAACCUGGCGAAGAAUAGGCUCAAUCUCUGCCUGUUAUUUCUAGAAAGUUUGCGCGAUACUUAUUGGAGCGCCGGUGUUAUGUAUCGACUGUUCGAUCGUGCACAAGCUAUUUUGAUCAAUCACAACAACAAUGGAGCUCAGGGCCUAAAUACUCCCAAAAGGACUACUCCUCUCAAUGCCAGGAAUCAGAUUGGGCAAGAAGAUAAUAAUGGUUCCACAACAGAGAUAAUGACACCCAAUCUUGCACAGUAUAUGCCGAAUGGUGCUGGCACUGGUGCACUUGGUGCGGAAGACAUUACUGGCGGAUUUGAUACCCAUUACUCUGCAGAUUUUGAUGCUCUUGAGCAAUUACUCAGCCCUGGUUUUGCAUUGUCAGACCAAUCGCAAGGACUAUUCACAGGUUUUCCCGGAAAUGGGAUGGAUGGAGAGCUACCGCUGAACCUGUAUAAUAUGUGA